CAUUAUACACCAGUCUUACGUAGUCGAGGCUGUGACGCGCAGAAGACUUAAGCCAAUCUAAGAAUCUGGCGGGUGCUAUCGAUAGGAUAUUCGCGUGAAGACUAGAUCUACGCCAUCACGUUGACUCUGUGACAACGCGAGAGGAAAGUGUUGAAACUGAGCCUCGUCAGCUCUGACACCAUGAAGCUACCAGCGAGGGUAGCGUUGCUUGCUCUCUUGUUACUACCUGCCAUACAUACAACAGUCGCGUUUGACGUUGAUUUUGGUGUUGCCAUUAACGAUGUAACAUCAUCGGUAUCAACUAUUAUAGGCGUGUAUGAUCCAACUUGUCCUGAUGGCUGGGAAUAUCAGAUACUAGGAGACAGAUGUCUUAAAAUAUACACUGAAGCUGCAUCCUGGCAUGACGCUAAUGCAGUAUGUGGAAGCCAUGGAGGAUCAUUAGUGAUGGUUCAAGGAUUCACGGCCAAUUUGGAGGUUGGAGUGAUGGCUUUCACAACACUUGGUUAUGGCAACUCUAUGUGGAUUGGAUACAAUCGUAUUGGAAAUAAUUAUUACUGGGCCAGUGGAGAUGAAGCCGAACUGCUUGAUGGUUUUUGGAGUGCAACUGGACUUGAAUAUGGUGAAGGUUGCGUAGGUAUUGACCUUGAAGUCAGCGGAUCGUGUCCUUGGUUACUGAGAAACUGUGAAAUCCAGUUACCAUACAUGUGUGAGAUGAGGCCAAUACUUGAAGAUGACUUUGUUUGCUGCAAUGGACAACAUAUACUGGGUUCAUAUGAAUGCGAUGGAAUGGAAGACUGUAAUGAUGGUACUGAUGAAAUUGACUGCCAAGACGCAGUAUAUGGUGGUUCGAUGACUGGUACAUAUGGUGAAAUCACUAGUCCAGGAUUUCCAGAUAACUAUUAUCCUAAUAAUCUUAACUGUAGAUGGCAAAUUAUUGCACCAUUCGGAAGUAGGAUAAAAAUCAGGGUAACAGAUUUGAACACUGAACUUGGAUAUGAUGUUUUGAAACUAUACGAUGGCUGUGGGUAUGAUAAUUUAGUUGAAAUGCUUUCUGGUUAUUAUGGUCCAACGUAUGAAGUGAUGUCAACGAAUAAUAUUGUCAAGAUUCAAUUCACAAGUGAUGGCAGUGGCUCCUAUGAGGGAUUUUCAUUGACAUGGGAGUCUGUUGAGGAAGAAUGUGGUGGAACAUUUGAUGCUACCACUGACCCUGUUGACCUCUUCUCACCCGGAUUUGUGCUGAAUAAUGAAUAUCCCCAUGAUGAAGAAUGUGUGUGGAUUCUCAAGGUGUACAAGGAAGACUGUGGAUCUGGUUCUAGGUCUGGAUCUAGGACUGGAAGUGGGCGACGUGGAAGUCGUGGUAGUGGUGGAGCGUCAGCCAAUGGAUGCAAAGAUGAUGACGUAAUCACUUUACAGUUUUAUGAUUUUGAAACUGAGUACAUAAAUGAUGUGGUUUAUGUUGAUGAUGGUAAAUCACCGAAUAGUAACCGCAGACUAGGUGAGAUAUCAGGAACUGACUGGGAAUACAUGCCUGGGCCAUUCAUCUCAUCAAAGAGCGAAAUGUAUAUCCGAUUUUCUUCAGAUAGUGAAGAUCAGUAUGAUGGAUUCAGCGCUAGUUACAAAUCAGGUUGCCAGGAUAUAGAAUUAGAACAGAAGUGUGGUUUUAUUACAACACCUGGUUAUAAUAUGAAAGAUUAUCCUAACCGUGUAACGUGUUCAUGGAUCAUUAUGGACACAAGUACACGUGGAAUGUCUCUAUCAUUUGACACAUUUCAGCUAGAGGAUAAGAAACAAAACGAUUAUGUCAGCGUAUAUGAUGGAGAAAAUGAUGCUAAUUAUGCGUCAAUAUUACUUGAUGAAUAUACUGGUGGUUCAAGUGGAUCUAACAUACCUGGUGAUAUGCACUCAGCGGAUGGUAACUUCUAUGUGAAAUUCUACAGUAAUAAAAACAAGAAGGCUGAAGGUUUCAAAGCCAGAUAUUCUCGAGAUUGCCGACCUUUGGAAGAUCUCAGUGAGGGUACCUUGAUUAGUACCGCUGAUGUUCAUUACCGUGUUUCUGUACGCUUCAGCUGUGCCCCAGGAUUUGAACUUGAAGAUCCAAGUUAUGAUACUGUCGUCUGUGGUUUUUGUGGACACUGGGACUACAGUCAUCAUGCUGACAUACCUCAGUGCAGACGUGUUUUAUGCGGUCAACCAGUUCCAGUUUAUCAUGCCAGUAUAGAUAGCAUUACAACACGUCUGUUUGAAGGUCUUGUUGUUUAUACGUGUGAUGAUGGUUAUCAACUUAAAGAUGGUCUCUCCGAUGCUGCUUGCCAAGAUGAUGGUUCAUGGGGACCUAUUAUUCCUACUUGUCUACCUGUUGGUUGUCCCAACCCUGACGAAGAUCUACCAGAUAACGUGCAGUACACAGUUACAACUGAUUUUGGAUUUUCAUUUGGUAGUUUAAUUGUGUACAGUUGUGUAGGUGAUUAUGUAAUCUAUGGUGCUACAGUUGCUGAGUGUGGAAUAGACGGCACUUGGUCCAUUACUCCACCACAGUGUCAAAUUCCUUACUGUAUUUACCCUGCAAUUGACACCACUGCUACUAGUUUUGACCAGGAUGAACGAUAUCAAAUUGGUGAUACUGCCACUAUAUCAUGUAAGGUCGGUUACAGGCUUCCAGAUGACCCUGUUACCAGUGCUGUUUGCCUCGGACCAUUGGAGUGGGAUGCCACAAUCACAUCUUGUAUUGAUAUCAAUGAGUGUAAUGACGGUUCUAAUGGAUGUGGUUCUGACCAGAUAUGUACUAAUUAUCCUGGUACCUACUCAUGUAGUUGUCCAGAUGGAUUCCAGAAUCCUGUAAAUGACCCUGUUGCAUGUGUGGAUAUUGAUGAAUGUUCAGAUCCAUCAUUGAACCUGUGCAACCAGCUUUGUAACAAUUUAGAAGGUACCUAUGAUUGUACGUGUUACACUGGUUACACACUUUUCACCGUGGAUGGCACCAAUGGUUUUUACAUUCCCACUGGAGAAGAUGGGUAUCAUUCUCUGGAUACUUACAUUUAUCAUAGAACAUGUGUCCCAAUCAUGUGCUCAAUGUCGCUUGAACUACAAAUAACAGUUGGCAUUGCUGUGUUUCCUGAUGUGUGUACUUGUGAGUAUGGGGACUCCUCUGUAGAGGUGGCAUAUGAUAAUACUGUGCACAUUGUGGCUACUAUGGCAUAUAUGGUGUCUGGGUCAUAUGAACUUACCUGUACAGUUGAUGGUCAAUUCGAUAACGAAUAUCCCACGAUUAUAGAUGCUGUUUGUGAUGCGCCUCCUGAUAUUGAACAUGGUACUUGGACGGCAUCUGAUGAUAGCUAUGCUUACCUCAGUACUGUACAAUAUUCUUGUGAUGUUGGUUAUGUUCGUAAUGGACCCGUUGAAACUAUCUGUAUUAGAGACACUGUGUAUUCCAAUGGUUGGAGUCAACCCAUACCAACGUGUGAACCAAUUCAGUGUAGUGUUCCAACACAUCCUACUAAUGGGUUAUGUUAUUUUGAUGGCCAUGCCUACCAGGAUAAAGUAAUCUGUCAGUGCAACCCUAGUUAUGUCAUGUAUGGAAAUGCCGAGAGACACUGUGAUCAAAAUGGUUUAUGGGAUGGAGCAACUCCUCAUUGUGAAUUGGCAUCAUGUGAUUCCCCUGGCACUCCAAUAAAUGGUAGACAGUUUAGUACUGAUGGAGGAUAUUUCUUUGGUGCUGUACUAUACUUUGUUUGUGAUCAAGAAGGAUUUGGUCCAAGUCCUGCAAGUCCUAUGGUCUGUAUUUCUGAUGGUUAUAUACCCGCGGUAAUGUGGCCUGAGCAUAUGGGUCAACGUCGUAAAAGAUCCACUCCUCGUUUCUCUCUAAAUGGUAGAUCCAAAAGGUCUGUAUUAUUGUCAGACACAGAUGCUGUUCUCAUAGCUCUUGCUGGUUGCAUUGAAGGAUCAACUGUGACCCCUGUUGAAAUCACAUUGCUUCUUCCAUCCACAUUAACAGACAGUCAUGAUGCUUAUCUUCAAGGUGAUAUAACAGCACAAGAUUUUAUAGAUCUAUUAAUGGAUCCUGCUGAGGGAAUGUACGAUUCAGAACGAACAUGUAUUGGUGACCUUGAUUUCACAACUGGAGAUACUACUGUGGAACAUGUGAUUGAUUGGGUUGCACUUGAUAUUGCUAUAAAAGACUGCUUCAAAGAUGUACUUCUAUUUGACACUUUAUAUCCUGGAAUAGAUAUUCUGGAACCAUUUGCUUCUGGCUUGUCAAAUGGAAGUGUGACAAUUCGUAGUUUAUUAGAAACAUAUUUCACAAAUGGUCUUCCUGAUUGUGUAGAUUAUAUUGAAAUAACUUAUACGGAUGAUGACGAUGAUGAGGAAGAGGAAGAGGAGGAGACAGGUCUGGUUAUUGAUUGGGUUGCACUUGAUAUUGCUAUAAAAGACUGCUUCAAAGAUGUACUUCUAUUUGACACUUUAUAUCCUGGAAUAGAUAUUCUGGAACCAUUUGCUUCUGGCUUGUCAAAUGGAAGUGUGACAAUUCGUAGUUUAUUAGAAACAUAUUUCACAAAUGGUCUUCCUGAUUGUGUAGAUUAUAUUGAAAUAACUUAUACGGAUGAUGACGAUGAUGAGGAAGAGGAAGAGGAGGAGACAGGUCUGGUUAUUGAUUGGGUUGCACUUGAUAUUGCUAUAAAAGACUGCUUCAAAGAUGUACUUCUAUUUGACACUUUAUAUCCUGGAAUAGAUAUUCUGGAACCAUUUGCUUCUGGCUUGUCAAAUGGAAGUGUGACAAUUCGUAGUUUAUUAGAAACAUAUUUCACAAAUGGUCUUCCUGAUUGUGUAGAUUAUAUUGAAAUAACUUAUACGGAUGAUGACGAUGAUGAGGAAGAGGAAGAGGAGGAGACAGGUCUGGUUAUUGAUUGGGUUGCACUUGAUAUUGCUAUAAAAGACUGCUUCAAAGAUGUACUUCUAUUUGACACUUUAUAUCCUGGAAUAGAUAUUCUGGAACCAUUUGCUUCUGGCUUGUCAAAUGGAAGUGUGACAAUUCGUAGUUUAUUAGAAACAUAUUUCACAAAUGGUCUUCCUGAUUGUGUAGAUUAUAUUGAAAUAACUUAUACGGAUGAUGACGAUGAUGAGGAAGAGGAGGAGACAGGUCUGGUUAUUGAUUGGGUGACACUUGAUUUGUCUAUCAGAAACUGUCUUGGUUAUCUGGAUGGAUUUUCUCAUAACUAUCAUGGGCGAGACACUCUGGUACAAUAUGCAGAUGUCUUAACUGAUGGCAGUGAGACAGUUGCGAGUAUAUUAGAAACAUAUUAUAAUUUUGACAUUAGCCUUCCUAGAUGUGUGUAUGAAAUUCAAGUAACCUACAUCAUGGCAGAUAGCAUUACAUUGGAUUUAGUCAUUGACUUUACAGCUCUUGAUGUCUCAAUUAGAGGUUGUUUCAGUGAUGAUUUUCUACUUUCGUUUUCUGCCUUCUACUCGGGGCCUGAUGAUCUGAGGCCUUAUAGGGAUGUAUUGACAGGUGGCAGUCAGGCCAUCGUUACUAUAUUAUCAGCGUGGGGUAUUGACAUUUCUGAUAACCAGUGUGUUAGAGAUAUAACAGUAAAAUAUACAUAUGAGAUCAGUUGUUUUGAUGAUGGUGUACCAAGCUGGUUGGCAUUCUACCUCACUGCGGGACACAGCUUCAAUGGUUUGUUAUCCUCAAUAGACAAAGAUGUUGAGCCCCCUAAAUUGACGUGUCCAGAUACGCUGGUGAUUGAAACAAGUGAAGAAUAUUUUGAGGUGGUUUUUGCAGAUUAUAAUUUGACUGUUGAUGCUACUGAUAAUGUUGGCGUUGUUGAUAUUGUAUUUUCAUCUGGAGAUAAUAUUACAGUAUUAACGUUCACUUAUGCAACGGUCUUGGUUCGUGGCUAUGACGCUGCUGGUAAUGUCGGAGAAUGUGCCUUUGAUAUCUAUGUCAUUUUGAAAGGAUGUCCUGAAUGGUCCUUGCUAAUUGAUGAAGGAGGCAUUAAGAGUUGUCAGUCAUAUGUUGGUCUGACUUGUAAUGUAGCAUCUCCUGAUGGAUAUGACUUCACACAGCCACUACCCCCGCUAUACUAUGCUUGUUCAACUGAAUUAGGUUGGGUACCAAACAAUAGAGUACCCGGAAUCUCACAGAAUGAAGUGCCAGACUGUUCUUUGAUUGUGAAAGCUAACUACACAGCUGAAUGCCAAAUGUAUGGAGACUGCUUUGAUGUAUAUGAAGAUAUGAUUGAAGAUAAAAUGAAUGAACUUGCACCACUUCUAUUGAAUGAUUGUAGUGAUGAAUUGAACGCCAAUGCCGAAAUACGAUAUCGAGUUAUGAUAAGGCCAAUAGGAGUGGAUAUUGAUCAUGGAAGUAGCAGCUCUGGAAGUAGCAGCUCUAAAAGUAGCAGUCAUUCUCGUGGAAGUAGCUCUGCAAGUGGUCAUAGGAAAAAAAAAAGUGGAUCAGGCAGUGAAUCAGGAAACCCUGGUAACAGUGGUAAUAAUGGGUGUAACGGUGUGGGUAAUCCUCACUGUGAAGACUCUGGGAGUAGUAGCACGUCUCGAGAGAGUGGUGGAAGAAGUGGCUCUCGUUGUGCAAGAAGGAAUAGUGGUAGUCGAAGUAGCAGUGAAAGUGGCAGUCCAAGUCGCAGCAAUAGCGGAGAGGAAUGCGACAGCAGUAUGUUAGAUCUUUGUGGGUGUCGUUCUGGUUCCUCAUCAACUUCUGGAAGUGCUGACUGUGAUGAUUGGUGCCUAUAUCUAUAUGAAUGUGAUUGUGCAAGUGGUGGGAGGAGUAGGAAAAAGUCCUCAUCGAGAGGGUCAACUGAAAGUGAUGAUGAUGACUGUGAUAACUGGUGUUUUCAGCAAAUUGAUCAAAAUGUUUGUUUGAGUGACAGCGGCAGUCAAAGUCGGAGGAGUGGCAGCGGCAGUCAAAGUCGCAGUCCAAGUCGCAGCAAUAGCCGAGAGGAAUGCGACAGCAGUAUGUUAGAUCUUUGUGGGUGUCGUUCUGGUUCUUCAUCAACUUCUGGAAGUGCUGACUGUGAUGAUUGGUGCCUAUAUCUAUAUGAAUGUGAUUGUGCAAGUGGUGGGAGGAGUAGGAAAAAGUCCUCAUCGAGAGGGUCAACUGAAAGUGAUGAUGAUGACUGUGAUAACUGGUGUUUUCAGCAAAUUGAUCAAAAUGUUUGUUUGAGUGACAGCGGUAGUCAAAGUCGGAGGAGUGGCAGCGGCAGUCAAAGUCGCAGUCCAAGUCGCAGCAAUAGCCGAGAGGAAUGCGACAGCAGUAUGUUAGAUCUUUGUGGGUGUCGUUCUGGUUCUUCAUCAACUUCUGGAAGUGCUGACUGUGAUGAUUGGUGCCUAUAUCUAUAUGAAUGUGAUUGUGCAAGUGGUGGGAGAAGUAGGAAAAAGUCAUCAUCCAGAGGGUCAACUGAAAGUGAUGAUGAUGACUGUGAUAACUGGUGUUUUCAGCAAAUUGAUCAAAAUGUUUGUUUGAGUGACAGCGGUAGUCAAAGUCGGAGAAGUGGCAGCGGCAGUAGCAACACAAAUUCCAACUCUCGAAGUAAUUCUAACAGCUGUAGUUGUGGUAGUGGAAAUGGAAGAAGAAGAUCUAGUACUGCUAGUGAUGAAGAAUGUGUAUGCAGUGAGUCAGAGAGUCAAGAGAGUCAAGAAGAAGUACCAAUCACUGUAGGUUAA